UAAAAAACAUACAAUUAUAAAAAAAAAGUGACACACACGCCAUAAUGUAAAUUGCUUCUGGAUUUGGCGUUUGAGUUAAAAAUUUACAAUUUCGUGUUAAAUAGUUGCUAUUUUAAUGGAUAAAUACGGCAUUUAAAAUGUCCAACGUUAAUAUUGGCUAAGGCUUAUUGCAAUGGCUCAAUAUUAUCAGAUAGUUGGACAAGCCGGACGCACGACACUUACUCUUGAAGAUCUACAAAGAUAUUGUCCUAACAUUUGCUUGGUUAAUCAAGAUGAUCAGCAGUAUUCUCAACAACAGGUGGUGGUCCAGCCAGCAGAUCAGCCUAAUGAUAUCAUAGUAAGCGAAGGAGUCCAACCUCAACUAGUUGUGGGCGAUGGUGGCCUGCAAUACCAGCAGCAGUACAUCAUCCGCCAUGACCCUCCACCACCGCCCCCGCCAACAGACUUCCAACAACAACAACAACAGCAGCAGCAGCAGCAACAGCAACAGCACCAGGCGUUGCACAGACAAGUUUACUACACAUCUGAUUUACCAGUGGAUGCUCAGGUUGUCUUGCAACAGGCUCAGCAAAUCAUUGACGCAUCUAUGAUGCAACAGUCCUCUCCACAACACCCUCAACAUUUGGUGAGCCCUGCGCAUGUGCUGUCUCAGCCGACGGUGAUACACCCGGCGCAGCAGCCGCCGCCGCAGCCCCCGCCCCCUCCGCCACCGCAACAUGCCCCGCAGCCGCCGCAACAACAACAAAUGCCGCGGGCAGCCACGCAGCAAUCCCAACUCAUGCAGCAAUUGCAGCAGCACCAGCACAACAUACACAUGCAGCAGUUGCAGCAACAGCAAUUGCAGCAGCAUUUACAACAGCAGCAGCAACAACACCAGCAGCAUAUUCCGCAGCAACAGAUACAGCACCAGCAAGUUGUUAUGCACGCCGCGUAUAUUAACCAAGCUGGCACACCAACACGCCAAGCCCCCCCGAAGCUCCUAAACCAGGCGCUGAGCAGCCCGGGCUCUGUGACCCUCGUACGGACGCCAGUGCGGACCGUGCGGCCGCGGCGGCCCACCGUGCGCCCGCCCAUGCCCAACCCACAGAUGCAGACGCGUGUGCUGAACCCCCAACACCAGCAGGUGGGUACUGUGGGUUCGGUGACGCUGCCGGUGCGGCCGCCCACCUCCGGCCCGCAGAUGCAGACGCGGCUUCUGAAUCCCCAGCAGGGUGUAGGUAGCGUGACGCUAGGCGGCACUAGCGCGCUGCGCGUGAGCACGCCGCGCGCGACGGCGCGGGCGCCGGGGGUCGCGGGCGGCGUGCGCGCCGAGCCGCGCCUGCUCAACCCUCACGCGCAACAACACCGCCCGCCGAGACCGCGCACUCCCAUCAACCAGGUCCGCGGCACUAGCGCGCUGCGCGUGAGCACGCCGCGCGCGACGGCGCGGGCGCCGGGGGUCGCGGGCGGCGUGCGCGCCGAGCCGCGCCUGCUCAACCCUCACGCGCAACAACACCGCCCGCCGAGACCGCGCACUCCCAUCAACCAGCGCGCUGCGCGUGAGCACGCCGCGCGCGACGGCGCGGGCGCCGGGGGGUCGCGGGCGGCGUGCGCGCCGAGCCGCGCCUGCUCAACCCUCACGCGCAACAACACCGCCCGCCGAGACCGCGCACUCCCAUCAACCAGGUCCGUACAGCUCAGUCUGCAGGGUGUAGUCAACGUGACGCUAGGCGGCACUAGCGCGCUGCGCGUGAGCACGCCGCGCGCGACGGCGCGGGCGCCGGGGGUCGCGGGCGGCGUGCGCGCCGAGCCGCGCCUGCUCAACCCUCACGCGUCCGUACAGCUCAGUCUGCAGGGUGUAGUCAACGUGACGCUAGGCGGCACUAGCGCGCUGCGCGUGAGCACGCCGCGCGCGACGGCGCGGGCGCCGGGGGUCGCGGGCGGCGUGCGCGCCGAGCCGCGCCUGCUCAACCCUCACGCGCAACAACACCGCCCGCCGAGACCGCGCACUCCCAUCAACCAGGGUGUAGUCAACGUGACGCUAGGCGGCACUAGCGCGCUGCGCGUGAGCACGCCGCGCGCGACGGCGCGGGCGCCGGGGGUCGCGGGCGGCGUGCGCGCCGAGCCGCGCCUGCUCAACCCUCACGCGCAACAACACCGCCCGCCGAGACCGCGCACUCCCAUCAACCAGGGUGUAGUCAACGUGACGCUAGGCGGCACUAGCGCGCUGCGCGUGAGCACGCCGCGCGCGACGGCGCGGGCGCCGGGGGUCGCGGGCGGCGUGCGCGCCGAGCCGCGCCUGCUCAACCCUCACGCGCAACAACACCGCCCGCCGAGACCGCGCACUCCCAUCAACCAGGUCCGUACAGCUCAGUCUGCAGGGUGUAGUCAACGUGACGCUAGGCGGCACUAG